GCAGGAGGACCUGCAUUGAAUCCUGCACAUCUGCAGCCUGCCGGCAUGGCUUCCCUCAGGAGCACCUUCGUCCUCCUCGUCCUCCUCGCGAUCUCCUCGCGCUCCCGGGCCGGAGAGCAGGGUCUGUCCGUCUCCGAGCUGCUGUGGAGGGCCAACAAGGAUGUUGUGCACACUGAAGAGGAGCCCCUGGUGGUGGAUGACAUCGCUUAUGACAGUGAAAGUGAGCGGAACGCUGAUCUCUGCACCUCCAGCGGCUGCAUGUGGCCAAAAUCUGCCGAUGGGAGGGUGUACGUUCCUUAUGUCAUCGCCGCACAUUACUCUUCUCGUGAGCGCUCCAUCAUUGAGCGAGGACUGCUCUCCUUCCACGACGUCUCCUGCAUUCGCUUCGUCCAGCGCAACAACCAGAGGGACUUCUUGAGCCUGCAGUCCAACAACGGGUGUUACUCCUACGUGGGUCGCCGUGGUUACUCCCAGACGGUGUCUCUGGACCGCCAAGGCUGCCUCUACCACAGCACCGUGCAGCACGAGCUGCUCCACGCGCUCGGCUUCAACCACGAGCAGUGCCGCUCCGACAGGGACCAGCACAUCCGCAUCCUGUGGGAGAACAUCGGGACGGGUUGGGCGUACGCCUUCGACAAGAUGAACACGCUGAACCUGAACACCCCCUACGACUACAACUCCGUCAUGCAGUACCACAGGUACGCCUUCUCCGGGAACAAUAAACCCACCAUGGUUCCCAUCCCCGACGCCAACGUUGUAUUCGGCACGGCCGACCAGAUGAGCAAGAAUGACAUCAGUCGACUGAACCGGCUCUACCAGUGUUAGCCGGUGAUUCAUGUUGAAGUAGAACUUCAUGGAGCAAAGACAUCAUCUCUACAAUAAACCUUUAAACACUAAAA